GCAGCUGGGAGCCGCUCAGACACCCCACAGGAGCACCUGCAGGAGGGGCGCUCUGCCCUAGCAAGCGGCUUGAGAAACCGCAGGCCCCCUGACUGAGGUCAGCGUUGCAGGAAACCCCGAGGCCAGGGCUUCAGGGCAGGAUCCUUCCCCUGGGGACGGAGAUCCUUCCAGACUGCCUCCCGCCGGCUUCCUCCGAGUGAGUGGCUCCUGGAGGUCGCGAAACCUGCUCCGCUGUGGGACCGGAGGAGGCGCCCUGGAUCGGCCGUCCUCGUUCCCCUGACGGAGGGGCCGCGUCCCGGAGUCCGCCAUCUCUGCCGUUGUCUCCAGGCUUCGCUCUCCAGCUUCGGAGUCCGGGUUGUCUGCUGUGCAGGUCUGAAGACCCUUAGGGAGCAGCCUGGCUCCUGAGCUCCAGGGAAUGUUUUCGGCGGACACAACGUCUUUGUAUGUGGUGCUGAGGAUCGAACCCGGGCCGCACGCAUGCCAGGAACUGUUGACAUUCAGGGAUGUGGCCAUUGAUUUCACUGAAGAGGAGUGGGAAUGCCUGCAGCCUGCUCAGCAAAAAUUAUAUAGUGAUGUAAUGUUAGAGAACUACAGAAACAUGGUGUUCUUGGGCAUGGCUUCUCAUCAUAUCCAAGAAUUUUCACAAGACCAGGGCAUAAAACAUAUACUUCAAAAAGUGAUAAAUGGAAAAUAUGGAAAUUAUGAACUUGACUAUUCACAACAAAGAAAAAUAUGGAAAAUUGUAAGUGAGAAUGAACAUCAUAAAUUAUAUUAUCAAAAGUCAGUCCUUAUUCACCACCAUAGAAUUCGUAUUAGAGAGAAUCCCUGCAAAUUUAGAGAAUGUGACAAAGCUUUUAAUGAAAAAUCUCACCUUAUUUGCCAUCAGAGAAUUUAUACUGGAGAGAAGCCCAACCAAAGUAAAGAAUGUGGCAAAGAUUUCAUUAAAAAAACACAGCUUAUUCACCACCAGAGAAUUCAUACAGGAGAGAAGCCGUACAAAUGUACAGAAUGUGGCAAAUCUUUCAUUAAAAAAAAGCACAUUAUUUAUCACAGCAGAAAUCAUACUGGUGAGAAGCCCUACAAAUGUACAGGAUGUGACAAAGCUUUUAGUAAAAAAUCAAGACGUUUUAGCCACGAGAGAACCCAUACUAGAGAGAAGCCCCAUCAAUGCAAAGUAUGUGGCAAAGCUUUUAAUUAUAAGAGUAGCCUUAUUUGCCACAGCAGAGUUCAUACUGGAGAGAAGCCCUACAAAUGUGAAGAAUGUGGCAAAGUUUAUACUAAAAUAUCAGCCCUUAAUUACCACAGAAAAAUUCAUACUGGAGAGAAGCCCUACAAAUGUAAAGAAUGUGGCAAAGCUUUUCGUAAAAAAUCAAGACUUAUUAACCACCAGAGAACCCAUACUAGAGAGAAGCCCUACCAAUGCAAAAUAUGUGGCAAAGCUUUUAAUCAAAAAAGUAGCCUUAUUCGCCACAGCAGACUUCAUACUGGAGAGAAGCCCUACAAAUGUAAAGAAUGUGACAAAGCUUUUAAUGAAAAAUCAUACCUUUCUUACCAUAGCAGAAUUCAUACUGGUGAGAAUCCCUACAAAUGUAAAGAAUGUGGCAAAGCUUUUAUCAAAAAAGCAUACCUUAUUCCCCACCAGAGGAUUCAUACUGGAGAGAAGCCCUACAAAUGUACAGAAUGUGACAAAGCUUUUAAUGAAAAAUCAAGCCUUGUUUGCCACAGCAGACUUCAUACUGGAGAGCAGCUCUACAAAUGUACAGAAUGUGACAAAGGUUUUAGCAAAAAAUCAGGCCUUGUUCGCCAUCAGAGAAUCCAUACUGGAGAGAAACCCUACCAAUGCAAAGUAUGUGGCAAAGCUUUUAAUCGAAAAACUAGCCUUAUUUACCACAGCAGACUUCAUACUGGAGAGAAGCCCUAUGAAUGUGAAGAAUGUGGCAAAGGUUAUAUUCAAAAAUCAGCCCUUAGUUGCCACAGAAAUAUUCAUACUGGAGAGAAGCCCUACAAAUGUGAAGGAUGUGACAAAGUUUAUAGUCAAAAAUCAAGCCUUAUUAAGCACAGCAGAGUUCAUACUGGAGAGAAGACUUAGAAAUGCAAAGAAUAUGGCUAAGCUUUUAAUCAUCCAUCAAACCUUACUAGACAUCAGAGAAUUCAUAUUGGAGACAACUUCUACAAAUUAUUAUAGCAAAGAAAAAUUAUUCAAAUGAAAAAACUGUUACAAUGUGAAAAUGUCUCCCACAAUAGGUCACCCCUUACUCAACACCUAGAAAACAUACUAGUAGGAGAGGGUCAAGUGGAAAAAUUUGUUUCAAAACUCAUAGACAUUGCUCAAACAUUAUUGAACUUUGGAGAAUUCAUAAUCCUCAGCAACCUUAAAAAGUUAAAUAAUGUUUCCAAUCCCUUAUUUCAAUUUCAAAUUUAUUAAACAUCUGAAACCUUAUUCCUGUAGUGAAGGUUAAACAGCAUUUUCCAAAAUAUGUGUCAUAUUUAAUAGUGAAAUAUUUACAAUAAAAACCUUGACAAAUAUAAAGGAAGUAUACUAAAGUCCUUAUCCAUACCUCAUAACUUGAUGUACUUGAGGGUCAGUAAAAGAGAAAAUAAUUUAAAUAUAGAAAAUGAGCAACUGGCUUUAAUUUUUUAUUAAAAUUUAUUAAAUAUUAUUAGGAGAUAUGGAGAGAUAACAAAAUCAUUGUAGAUAUUAUACAUCCAGAGUGCAGAUAGCUCAUCUUUGAAAGGAUAUGCAUUUCUUAUAAAUCAACGAUUACUGAAUAUUUGCACUUUUGAAUGUUGGAGAAAAUUAUAAGAAAUAUAUUUUUAAAAAUUUUAAUUUUUAAACUUCAUUUCUUGUACUGUGGGUUAAAUUUAAGGAUGCUUAACCACUGAGCCACAUUCUCAGUCACACACACACACACACCCCUCCCUUCCCCGACUCUUUUAAAUUUUGAGGCAAGGUCUGCUAAGUUGCCUAAAAUCUCACUAAGUUGCUAAGGCUGACUUUGAACUUGUGAAAGUUUUUCCUCAGCUUGCCAAUUUGCAUGGAUUACAGGCAUGGGCCACCUUGCCCAGUUUACAGUGUCUUUUUACCUAUAUUCAUAUUAUGCAUGCAACAUAUUAAUAAAUAUAAGUGAAUGUUAAUAUGUUAACACUGUCAUGUAUUGAAUCAUGUCAUUAUCUCAAAGGUAUCACAGUUUUCCACUUGACUAAGGGAUUUAUGUAACAGUAAGACAUACUAUUGGGUAAAUAGUACUGUAACAUCUCUUAAUUAUUGUACACAUUAAUCAAACUUAUUUGGGAAAUAUAAUUUGCAUAAAUCAAAUUGUUAUAAUUUUUCUGUUUGUAUUUGUGGAGAUAUUAAGACAGUUAUGAGAAUGAUAUAGACUGCAGAGAAGACAGACCAAGGCAGACUCAAAGAAAGCUAUCCAAGCACUCCAAUUAGACUUCUCUGUGUACUGAGCAAAAGUCUGCAGGCUUCCAGGUACACCAAAUCUUCCUCUACCUCCCCCUUUCACUGUGUGCUCUUUGCCUCAGAUGAGAUUUCUGCAUUCAAAGCCAGCCUUUCAGAAAAUAAGGGCCACAUAUAAAAUAAAUCUGAUACUUGGGAAUCCUGAAGUCAUCACUGGAGAAUUUCUAGGGCCUAAAUUUGAAGUUAAUAUUGAGUUGCUUUUGAAGACUAUGCUUUAAGGUAGUGUCUUAAUUUUACUAACUUGGCUUAAGUUAAAGAUUAUUUUUAUUUUUGUUUUUAAUUCCAAUGUCAUUUUGCACAUGAAUUAAGAGUAUGUGGCAGGCAGAAUAAUGUCAUUCCCAGGAGAUCCUUUUCCCAUGAUAAUAAACAUGCCUCAUUAUCUUGCAAGUGACUUUGCAGAUGGUAUUAUGUUAAAGAUUCUGAGAAGGGGAGACCAUCCUGGAUGGCACAGGAUCAUCUACACAAUCCAAGUAAUCCCAUGGGUCUUUAAAAUGAAAGAAGAGACAAAGAAGUCUGGUGAUGGAUCAGGCACUCUGCCAGCUGUUGCUGGUUUUGAAGGUGGAGGAAGCAGCCUCCAGCCAAGAAGUGAGGGGUUUCUAGAGCCAGAAAAAGCAAGGAAGCAGGAUGUGCCUGAGGUCCUCCACUGGGUGAUACAAUGAUUGUAUCCCCCAGUGAUUUUAGACCAGUGGGACCCCUGGGGGACUCCUAACCUACAAUUCUAACAUAAUUGGAUGUGUUCUCAGCCAUGAUGUUUGUGGAAAGUUGUUACCACAGCAAUGGAAAAUCAUCACUAGUGCUACUCCCUCUCACUUCAGCAUGAGGAGAUCUGGGAUAUGUUGAACUUUGUAAAUCCUGAAAGUCUUAGGGUGCUGAUUUCAACAUCAUGUGGACAUCAACACUUAAAAAAUGCUUUAUUGAUGGUGGCAAUGCUGCACAGGCUUCUCUGUGACUCUGAGGGAGAAUAUCUAGUUGGCCUCCUCUACAACAGAGUAGAACUUAGAAUGAAUCAGGAGACAGGAAAGCAAGGUCCUGGCUAGAAUAAGUGAAGAUACAGGCCACAAAAAUAAAUAAUGGAGAAGGAAGUAGAAUUAAGAACAAAGGGCACAAAGAAAGGGUGAACCUAAGAGCUGCAGGUGUGACUACUUCUGAGCUCUGAGCUUCAAGGCCCAGGAAGUUGCAUGUGGGCCUCAAGAGAGACAGGAUCUUUUGGACCAGCUGUUUGCUCUCCCCAAUCUGCUCUCUGAGAGCAGUAUAGUCAUUGAUGUGGUCUAUGAUAUGGCAGCCAUGCUUGUUGGUGAAGAAGCCACCUGUAGUAUCACCCUCCAGCUUGGCAGAGCUCUUCAUUCCUGGAGGAUCAUCUGAGUCCAGCUCUGAAAAAGAAAACCACAAUAAUAUAGGAUCUCCUGUUAUUUAUGAUAAUAUCCUCAGUUCCCACCAAUGCAAAGAGACAGUGAAAGAGCCCAGGAUCAAGAAAGGCAGCCUUCAAAAAUUCUGAGUGGGUCAAGUCCAUAGAGACCUUUUGGUUUCUUUAUUUUUAUAAACUUUCUUACAUCAUUGCAUAAUGACAAACUUGCCAGAAGACAAAUUUUGUCUUCAUUGACAAGUGGGCUAUUCAGGAAGAAUAGCAUAAACGUGAAAAGUUUUCUGGAUACAAAAGGCACAGACAAGCAAAUCAGCUGGACACAGACAGCACAUUUAAGAAUGUGUACAGGAAAAAAAAAAGAAUGUGUACAGGGCAAUGAUGCAAAAAGAGCAAUAGGACAACUGUGGCAAGAAGAAAAAUGAGAAGAAAGGCAGCCACAGAAGAGUCAAUGAACAGGACUGAAGGCUUUGUUGCACACAGAAAAUUUUCUAAAUUCACAUAACACUUAUAGAGGACUGACAGUUAUUUGCAUUAAUAAUUUUCCUUCAUUGUG